UGUGAUGGGAAUCGCCCCUGGCGCCAACUCACUCAAUGAUGGAGAAGAACAGCAACGAUGCUGGGUAUAUAAGACUAUCUCAAUGUCUUCAGUUUCUGGACUGUAGUCUUCAUCGAACGGAUACAUACCUUACCGAGUAUAGAUACAGAUACGAGAGACCAUCACGCCAACAUUGAACCAUGUCUGGACCGAAGAACGAUAGUCAUCUCCCAGAAAUCGAGAGAGACAAAAAGAUCCAUGAAUCAUGUCCACCACGCUACAACAAGAAUUUCAUCAGCGAUCUUAAAAAGAAACAGAAAGAGAUGAAACUUCAGCCUCACAGUAACCAUCGACCAACACUGGAUCUCCAGGACAAACCUCUGGAGCACGACCCGAAGGAAGUUGCCGAGUCUUCCAAAUUCAAGCUCAACAUCCAAGAAACUGCUGCGCCGGAACCAGGCCUCAGAGGUAUUAUGUGCUCCUUCAAAAUCAACCCGGGCCCCCAUCCACAUACCACCCCGUCGGAAAAGCCAGAUCUACGUGAAACCGCCCGGUGGCAAGGUGUACUCACCUUCCGCGAUGCUGAAAAUCCUCAUCAUGAUCUGGAGGAUCCAUCCCUGGAUCAGAGCUCGCGGGCUGCUAGAGCACUCCCGGCGCCUUCACCUGAGUUCGUGGACGGCGGGAGUGGUUUUGUAGAAAUACACAUGACGUGGACGGAACAGAUAUUAAAAUCUCUGAGGGUAUUUGACGAAGGGUUGGGCCUCCAGCAAAACCGUUCCUAUAUCCCAUGCAUCGAUAUAGCAUAUUGGGGGGUAUUUUGCUUCCGCAUGUACGGAACGCCGUUCUUGACUUCGGAGGAGUCGAAAGGACUAUCAUCUGAGCGCUUCAGGUAUAAAGACGAACCAGAGCAGCAUAACCACUCACUUCUGCAUGUACUUCUCAACCAGCAAAGGAUAAAACAGGAACGAUGGGACAUGGAACAUCCACAAGAAAGGUUGAAAACGAGGCGCGAAGUCCACGAAGAAUGUUCCCGGUGCGGGUCCUUGUUAACGUCAUUUUCAGUGGACGGACCUGGCCCAUCCAAUACACCACAGGAUUGGGAUGGGCAGCAACAUCUUUCUGAGGGUCACCUGAAAACCUUCCACUCAUACCACGGCUCGGAGAGCUCGUCUUCCGACACUUCUGAGCAAGCACCGGUAAAGGUAGUGACCUAUAGUUCCCCUUGGACAUACGGGUGGCUGGCUUCCGUCGAGCCGCUCUCCAACCCGCGGAGUCCUUUCGGGACCCCAUCGGACAUCCCAUCUUCAGCACGAAGCUCUUCAAGCGAACAUUAGCAUUGAAGAGAUGAUGGAAGGCCUGCCUGACAGUCAAAUCGUUUAUACGGUUUAUUGUUCGGUUGCAACACUUUCCCCUACACAACUCACUGGUUGCUUGGUGCUGGG